GUGCUGUCUCCAAUGAACUCUUGAACUACAAUGGAGAGCGAUGGUGCAGCGGGCCAGAUACCAGGUUCAAACGCAGCUUUGCUGAGCUUGGUGGACAGGAUUCUGCGGCUUACUCAGCAUGACCAGGCCGAGAACUUAAGGGAGACAAAGGCAACGGCGUCCUUUUUUGUUCUCAUUGCCUUUGACGGAUCAGUCUCAGCAGGUCACCCUGGCACUGACCAGCAUGGAUCGGGAGCAGUUGCAAUAUCGCGCUACGGAGGCCUCCCAGACGUUGUUCCUUUGCAACCACACAGACAGAGCUGAAGCGCAGAGGCCUGCGGAGGCAAGUAUACCAUCUCUUUGUGGCUUGGCGGUGGAGUGUAUCAAUGUGGUGGAACGUGCAGAGCUGUCCACAGUCCUGGCACGGCUGGUCACCGCGGGGUGUGAGGUUCUUGCUGCUUUGCUUUUGCCUUUGGCAGAUGGCCAGGCCUGCAGCUUCGAUUGGGUCAGAGAGACCCUGGAGGACCUGUCUGAUCAAAUUGACUUCCUGGCACUAGAGGUCUACUGUGGGCUCGGUCGGCUCGAAAGCAAAGUUCUUGAGUCAGAUGAGCUUCCUGUUGUCUUGGAUCCUAUUGAGGAUGACUUCGGCGCAUACUGGGGCUCGAUUGAACACCGGCAGGCGCUGCAAGAGCUUUCAGCCUGGCUCAUGUGUGUGCUCUUCAGGGCUCUUGGCUACUCCUCGGUCACAGCUGGUGGCUUGAUGGAGUUUGUGAACCACGACCUCCUUUGCCUUUGCUCUCUACUACGAGGCCUGUUCGCAGUGCGAUCUGAUGACAGCUCCCUACCGCAUGACACUGGUGAGAUUCAAGGCGUAGCCCUUCUGGCACUUUGCGGCCUCACAGCCCCAGACUUGGCCUUCCACCGCAGCGACGGAAGCGAGGGAGACAUCCACGAGCAGAAUCGUGCUCUCAACUUUUACUUGGAGGUGCUAGGAGCCGCCAUGGUGGAGACGGGAGUGCUGGAGUCCGCGGUGGAUGCUGCUUUGGUACGCAGUGGUGGCUUCGCCAAGGAAGGUGCAGCGACUGGUUUCAAGUUCUUUCAGUUCUUAUCCUCACUUUUGGCGCCGGUGGCCGCACCAACCCGAGAGGUUCCCCAUUCGCCUUUGUUGAAACUCCGAGCACAUGUGCAUCGAAUAGCGGACAAGCUAGGUCGCCUGCUUGAGGCGGUCCUUGCACAAGGCUUUGACAGCAAUAUCAGCCUUCGCGAGCUGCUUGCAAGUUGUGCUUGCUUGGCUGCGGCAUUGGUUUCACAGAGUGGAUUGGCUGAAGGGUGCUCCGACGACCACUUCACGCUUAGCUGCCGAUUGCUGGUGACCACCUGCUGUGACGCUCCAAACCUGGGCUGCGCUGAGGUGGGCGACCGAGCAGCCACGUUGGCUGCUUUGGGUGCAUUGGCCUGCAAUGUGGGCGAUCUGGACUAUGUGAGUCCAAGAUUCAGUGAGUACAUCAGUCUUUUGCCUGCAGAUGACAUUGCAAGAGCCCGAAUGCGUCUUACACGACAUGACCGCUAUGGCUUAGUGCCAUAA